AUGCAUCUCACAGAACUAGAUCAGGAGUGUUUGCUACACCUUUUUUCGUACCUAGACAAGGACAGUCGCCGCAGCCUGUCCCUGACCUGCGUACGACUAAGACAGGUCUUCCUGGACCCACAUCUGUGGACGCUACUUCACUUCAGGUCUCCGUGCGAGCUGAGGAGGGACAACUAUGUUCUGGGCUCUUCGCUAAGAUACCUGGCUGAAUGCUGGCACUCGAGCAGGGUCAAAGUGUGCAACAUUGAGGACUGGAUGAAGACCACAUUCCAGAAGGACCUCUGCAGGAAGCACGAGAGCCUCGUCAGUGACUUCCUGGAGCGUGUUUGCCACAUGUGUCCGAAUCUACUCUCGCUGACUCUGUCUGGAUGUGGGCACAUUACGGACCGUGAUGUUAUUAACGUGCUACAAAGCUGCAGGAGGCUACACAGCCUUAGUCUAGAAAACUGCGCUCGGAUGACUGACUCUGUCCUCCAGGCUGUUGUGGACCACGGCCACAGUCUCACAGACAUGAGGGUGGACUUCUGUCGCAACGUGACCCAGGCAGGGCUGCAGGAGGUCAGGGACAAGAGACCAGAAGUGCACCUGAGCGCGUUACACAGUGCCGAUAUGAUUCCAGACAGCAAGCCUGAGGAGAAAACACAGAUCAGGAGAGCUCUGCAGAAGUUCUUGAUCUUCUCCUGACAGCUAGAGGUUACCUAGAGACUUCAUGUCAAAUUGAGGUUCACAACACUGUCCAGUGCAAUUAUGGUGCAGUUUUAUUUUUUCAAAGUUUCCAUGAGAGUCAGUCUUCAUCUCUGAAGUUUUCAUUCCAGUUUCAUUCGAUUUCAUUUUCCUUGUUUACAUUCAGUCUUCCAACCUUUCUACUACUUUAUUUUAUCAGCAAAUUCAUUCUCCUAUCAAACUCAUUCUUUGUUUCUUCUCUGGGUUGUUUUUUUAUUUGUUUGUUUGUCCAUUUGACUCCAUGAAAUGACUCAGCGGUCAAGUACACAGUACAAAGGCUAAGUAUUCAAUAUGC